GUGACGAGGCCGCCUCUGCGGCCAUCACCACUGUGGGCAGCUGCUGUCGGCCGUCGCCGUGCCCCCCGCCCGCACCGGGCUUCCCACCCGCCCGGGUGGGCCUGACCCUGGCUCCUGGGCCCCUUAGCAGCUGACCCUGCCGCUUUUCCAUCCCCUCGGGCGUUGAGGGUGCGCAGGGGUGACAUGGGUGACCGGAAGUGGGAGCUGUGAGCGACGCCGCCUGGGGCGCCGAAGCCCGAGGCGCCGUCGGGGCCACCGCGACGCACGCAUGGAGAGCGCUGGGCGUCGGGCUGCGCACCGACAGCUAACCAGGGCGCAAGGGCUCUGCAGGGCGGGGGCUUUGCAGAACCGACUGGCCUCCCUGGGCGCGGGAACAUGAGGCUAGACCUGGAGCCCGCUGCGGGCCAGGCGCGCAGUGCGCGGUCUCGCACUACUCUCCGGUGAACUGCGCGGAGCCCCGGGAUUCGCCCGUCGUUGUCGGUGGCGGCAUGGUCUUCUGUCUGGAAAACGAGGUGCCGCACCGCCCGCUGCGAAGCGCCAUGGUCCACUUCCAGGCCUCAGAAGUCCAGCAGCUGCUACACAACAAGUUCGUGGUCAUCUUGGGGGACUCCAUCCAGAGAGCUGUGUAUAAGGACCUGGUGCUUCUGCUCCAGAAAGACUCACUGCUCACAGCUGCCCAGUUGAAAGCCAAGGGGGAGCUGAGCUUUGAACAGGACCAGCUGGUGGCUGGGGGCCAACUGGGUGAGCUGCACAACGGGACACAGUAUCGCGAGGUCCGCCAGUUCUGCUCGGGUUCUGGCCACCACCUUGUACGCUUCUACUUCCUCACCCGCGUUUACUCUGAGUACCUUGAGGACGUCCUGGAGGAGCUGACAUAUGGGCCUGCCCCCGACUUGGUGAUCAUCAACUCCUGCCUCUGGGAUCUCUCCAGGUAUGGCCGUUGCUCAAUGGAAAGCUACCGAGAGAACCUGGAACGAGUGUUUGUGCGCAUGGACCAAGUGUUGCCAGACUCCUGUUUGCUGGUGUGGAACAUGGCAAUGCCCCUAGGCAAACGCAUCACUGGGGGUUUUCUUUUGCCAGAGCUUCAGCCACUGGCGGGCACUCUACGACGGGAUGUAGUUGAGGGCAACUUCUACAGCGCUACACUGGCCGGGGACCAUUGCUUCGAUGUCCUGGACCUCCACUUUCAUUUCCGGCAUGCAGUACGGCACCGCCAUCGAGACGGUGUCCAUUGGGACCAGCAUGCACACCGCCACCUCUCACAUCUGCUUCUGACCCAUGUGGCUGAUGCCUGGGGUGUGGAACUGCCCAAGCGUGACCGUCCCCCUGACCCGUGGAUUGAGGACUGGCCAGAGAUGGAUCAUCCAUUCCAGGGAAGCCAUAGGCAGUCCCCAGACUUCGGGGAGCAGCUGGCCUUGCCUCCACCCCCACCCUCUCCUUUACCCCCUCCCAUGUCUUUUCCUUAUCCUCUUCCUCAGCCCUCACCACCUCCCUUGUUCCCACCCCUGCCCCAGGAUGCCCCUUUUUUCCCAGGCCAGCCCUUUCCACCCCAUGAAUUCUUCAAUUACAAUCCAAUGGAGGACUUCUCGAUGCCACCCAACCUAGGAUGUGGCCCUGGAGUGAACUUUGUGCCUGGCCCCCUGCCACCUCCAGUCCCUGGCCCUGUCUCCCAUGGUCAGCACCGAGGCCCAGUGGUCCACCGGGGAAUGCCACGUUGUGUUCCCAACAGCCCCUACCAUGUGCCAAGGAUGGUGGGACCCUGUAGGCAACGGCUCAGGCACUCAGACAGACUGAUCCACACAUACAAACUGGACAGACGGGGACAUGCCCAUUCGGGAACAUGGCCUGGGUAGAUUGGAUGUUGGGCUGGGGGCUGGAUGUGCCAGGAGCCCUGCAGGGCCUGCUUGGCACCCCAGGUGUUGGGCCUGGCAUUGUUCUUGUCCAUUGCUGUCACCAAUAAAGGCAUGGAAGGACAGA